CGACGACGAGUUAUUUCAACCUACAACAACAAAGCAAGCAAGCUAUCUGCAAAAGUGCCGCUAAACGGCUGGCCAGAAAAUAAAAAGCGAAUAACGCAUUCCAUUUUUAUUGUGUGGUGUGUUUUCAUACGCGCUGCGAGCGUCUUUAUGAACGUGUCAAAAUUCUCAAAGUAUAGAUAAAAAAUAAUAAAAAACCGCAAACCUGUACUAAAUUCAACGUGCUUCAUCAUUUCGUCAUCUGCUACUGGACGGUUUAAUAAACAACUACAACAAAACAAUAAGGAGAAGCGCAUAUACAUACAUACACAAAAUUGUGUGAAUAAUUCAUCUUCAACAAAGCAUUCACCGCUCAAAGUCUUAUUUGCCUGCUGUUCUGUAAGUUUGUGGAUGUGAGGCAACAGGUUUUGGCAUGAAUCGUCACACAGCAGCAGUAAGUUCGCAGUACGACGGAAAGGAAAACGUAGCGACCAUGAUGUCCUGCCCCCUCCCUAUGCCAUUGCCGAUACCGAUACCUUCAAUACACAAAACGGAAUUCUCACCGGUUCACAUUGGAGUCAAGCAAAUGCAAUUGUUGCACGCCCCGCCGCCCACGCAUCCGCACCAUCUGCAUCAUCAGGUGGCAGCCGCGGCUAUGCUGCAGCAGCAAACGAACGCGAGUGUCAACGCCGUCGCCCUCCAGCAGCAGCAGCAGCAGCAACAACACCAGCAAGCACAGCAUCAGCUACAACAACAACAACAGCAGCAGAUACAAUUGCAGCAGCAGCUCCAACUGCAGCAGCAGCAGCAGCAACAACAACAUCUCCAACUGCAGCAGCAGCAGCAGCAGUUCCACUACCACCAGCAGCACCAACAGGCACAGGCUCAGGCGCAGGCCAUGCUGCAGACCUACAUGCAGUUGCAGGUGAACAAUGUGGCGGCCGCUGCGGCCGCCGCAGCCGGCGCUCCGGCCACACCGACCAAGUAUGCGGCGGCCGCGAGUGGACCGGCGAGCGCCGCCCAAUUCUUCACUGCACCCACCACGCCGCUCACGAUCAUUCCGACAUGCAACGGCGCCGCUGCAGUGGCUGCCGCGGCUAUGUUCGCAACAGCUGCUACGCCCACUUCUGCAGCGACCACACCGACCAACAAUGUAAAUAAUACAGUUAAUCUAUCAGCCGUAACUAGAACUGCUACCAAAUCUACCAAAACUACCAAAUCUACUACCACCACCAUAACCACCUCUACCACUCAGCAGCGCAAUGCGGCUGCCGCCGGCGGUGCUGGUGCUGGAGGCUAUCGGGGUCUUCUGCUGGCCAGCGGGUAUGUGGGCCGUGGGCAGCUGGCGUCGCUGCUCGGCUCGCCACCGCCUACCACGACGUACCUCGCCGCCACCAUGGUCAGCACCAGCGCCGUCGGCAGCAGCGGCAGUAGCGGCUGCAGCUCUUCUGCAUCUUCCGAUUGUUCUAUGCCAUCGCCAACUUCUCUACACUUAUCUUCUCCUAAAAAGGUAAGGAUUGAUGAACAAUUUCUGUAUAAACUAAAUUAUUUGCGCGGAAGUGACGAACUUUUGAGUCAAGCAGCAGUCAUGGCGCCCGCUUCCGACAAUAAUAAUCAGGACCUGGCCACAAAGAAAGCCAAGCUGGAUUCGAGCACCGUGCUGGCCGGCGGACUUGCCAAAGCCUCUAAAGUCAUACACUUGCGCAACAUUCCAAACGAGUCCGGAGAAUCGGAUGUAAUUGCACUAGGAAUCCCAUUUGGACGUGUCACCAAUGUGCUCGUACUGAAGGGCAAGAAUCAAGCAUUUAUCGAGAUGGCCGACGAGAUUGCGGCAACAUCGAUGGUAUCCUGUUACACAGUCAAUCCGCCACAGAUGCGUGGACGCAUGGUCUACGUACAGUUCUCCAAUCAUCGUGAACUGAAAACAGAUCAAAGUCAUAACAACGCCAUAGUCCCAAGCGACUAUCGCAUACAGUCGCCCGCCGGGGGCUCCCCGUUGCCACUCUGCGCCGUCGCCAAUGUGACCAGCAACAAUGCCAACUCCGUCGAGAACAACACCACCACUGUUGCCGUCUUGUCGAACAACACAAACGCCGUGAAUGCUGGCAAUAACACCAACGCCGGGGGACCCAACACCGUGCUGCGCGUCAUUGUCGAAUCACUGAUGUAUCCCGUAUCGCUGGACAUUCUGCACCAGAUAUUCCAGCGCUUCGGCAAGGUCUUGAAGAUCGUCACCUUCACCAAGAACAAUUCAUUCCAGGCAUUAAUUCAAUAUCCCGACGCCCACUCGGCCCAGCACGCCAAGUCCAUACUUGAUGGCCAGAACAUUUACAACGGCUGCUGCACCUUGCGCAUCGACAACAGCAAGCUGACCGCUCUAAAUGUUAAAUACAACAAUGACAAGUCGCGUGACUUCACGAAUCCUGCGCUUCCGCCAGGCGAGCCAGGAGUCGACCUAAUGCCCACCGCUGGCGGUCUGAUGAAUACCAACGAUCUGCUCCUGAUUGCCGCUCGUCAACGCCCCUCACUAACAGUGAAUGGCCUAGGUGCACCUGGCGUACUACCGCCCUUCGCCUUGGGCCUCGGCACGCCCCUCACCGGCGGCUACAGCAGUGCGCUGCCCAACCUGGCGGCCUUCUCGCUGGCCAACAGCGGCGCCCUGCAAUCGGCCGCACCCACCAUGCGCGGCUACUCAAAUGUGUUGCUCGUUUCGAAUUUAAAUGAGGAGAUGGUCACGCCUGAUGCUCUCUUUACCCUCUUUGGCGUAUAUGGCGAUGUGCAGCGUGUAAAGAUCUUGUACAACAAAAAGGACUCGGCGCUCAUACAAAUGGCGGAGCCGCAGCAAGCUUAUUUGGCUAUGUCUCACCUUGAUAAAUUACGUUUAUGGGGCAAGCCAAUACGUGUUAUGGCCAGCAAACAUCAGGCCGUACAAUUGCCCAAGGAGGGCCAACCGGACGCGGGCCUCACACGUGACUACUCACAGAAUCCGUUGCAUCGUUUCAAGAAGCCCGGCAGCAAGAACUAUCAGAACAUCUAUCCGCCAUCGGCGACUCUGCAUUUAAGUAACAUUCCCUCAUCCUGCACUGAGGAUGACAUCAAGGAAGCCUUCACCUCGAACAAUUUCGAAGUCAAAGCCUUCAAAUUUUUCCCCAAGGACCGCAAAAUGGCGCUGCUGCAGCUCUCAUCGGUGGAGGAGGCUGUCCUGGCACUCAUCAAAAUGCACAAUCAUCAGCUGUCGGAGUCGAAUCACUUGCGCGUCAGCUUCUCCAAGUCGAACAUCUAGAAUCCAACACGUGGUCAGGUUCACUGAACUUGACGUUGUGCCAACAGCAACUAUGGGCUGCAAGUCUACUGGCCACCACCUCCACCCCAAGUGGCCACAAUCUGGAACUCGUAGUACAAGCGGUGACGAACAAC